AUAAGAUGUAGAAAAUGAAUAAUAAUCUCGAUGUGCAGCUGGCAUGGUUUGAUUAAUGUCCCAUUAACUGUCACCCUGUGAUUAACUCGCCUAGCAACCAGUCCAAGUCAGCUGUCCGCCCCCUACCUUGACCCAGGAGAAGAAAAUGGGUGGAUUGAUGGAGUUUUUUUGCAGUCAUUUUGUUACUUUAACAUGAGCUCCAACAUGGAGGUUACAAAUGUCCAUUGUGAUAUUUCAUGUUUUGUCAGAGGCUCAGGUGGUCGAUUCGAUCCAUCGUCCUACCGUGACUAUGUCGAAGUAUCCUUGGCCAAGAUGCUAACCCCCCAGUUGCUCCUGAUGUUGCGUCCAUCAAUGUGGAAAAGCGCAUUCACCAUGUGCUCUGUCUUUUAGUCACUGAUAAAUAAAGUCCACAUUACCUAAGAGCUGCUCAAGGCGCUUCUAAAGAAGCAGACCAAUAGCACUAAAUGCAUACAACAAGUAUAGUUCUGUUAUUUGCAAGUCUGCCGCUUACGCCUACUGCUGCCGCUCUCAGAUUUGGACACGUGCACACAUUCUGUUCAAAACACACACACACUGCACACACAUUUGCAGCAGAAAUAGGCCACUUUUCUGAGGGAUUACGGCGACUUAAAUGCACUGAAUGGGACAUCAGCUCCUUGGACAAACUAUUACUUCCCAUUAAUCUGCUGCUAGCUACCUUUAAGCUAAUUAAAUAGCUAUUUCCUGGUGAUAUUUACGAGGAGAAAUCCCGACCUUUAAAACCAUCGGACCAAAUAGAAGGGGGAAUGUGGAAUAUUAUGGAACAAACGGGGGGAUUGUAAGAAUUGAGCUGCAGCCUUGCACUGACUAAAAUAAAUUUUAUAUAUUAUCAUUUUUAUAUAUUUUAUAUAUUAUCAUUUUUAUAUAUUAUAUAUAUAUUUAUUUUUUUAUAUUUAUCUAUUCUUUAUUGUAUGAGCUUUUUUCAACACGGGCUAAUUUUUUUGUCAUGAGUUCACAUUGUGUUUGGCGGUUUUUGAACUAGUAUUGUGCUCUUGAAAUGAAAUUGAAAUUAAUGUAAUGUAUGUAAUGUAAAGUGUGUGAGGAAUAUUCAUGGAUUAAACCUGGCUCGUAUCAUCAGUGAACAACGGCAAUUGAAGAGAGAAGUGGAAGGAUUUGGAACUGGAUGUAAAUCUAGUAAUUACAACCAUGAAUUUUAUUGCAAAUGCGAUUCAAAAUCGAAUGGGAACUUGGACAAUUUGGAGUCGCUAAUUAACCGAGCAUGUUUUUGGAAUGUGGGAAGAAACCGGAGUACCACUGAGCCAAUAUCUGUUCAAUACGUAUAUGUGAAAUAUGUAAUAGAAGUUAUUACAAUGCAGUCAUCAUUGUCCCAAAUACUGAAGGCACAAAAGACCCACGGGUGGACCAGAUCUAAGGCCCCACAUGAUGAUAAUUGUAUAUGUAUCCAAGUGAAAUUGGCAACAUAAUUUAUUUAUAUAUACUUGUAUAUUAUAUAUUUUUAUUUAAUAAUACCCUUCCAUAUAAUUAUAAGUGCAUAUAUAUAUAUGAAGUAUAAAUACAAUGUUUUAAUAUACCAACACUCAGCAACAGGUGAUCAUGUGGUUUGACUCAUGUGAUUCUGUGCACCCAAUCAGGAUUUCACCACUUUAUCACAUGACACACAAUAACCAAUAAAUAGCUAACAGGAAGCCACUCACCCAAACACACAUGGGGAAACACUUGCUGCACAGGCAGGCUUGCAAAUUUAUUUCAAAGCAACAAUAUGUUUUAACACUGCUGCAUCUAAAUACGUUAUAGGCACCAACUACCACUACCGUGACUGGGAGCACUACCUAGGAGCAUUUCAUGUAUUAUAUAUUGAACGGAACUGGCUGUGCCUUCCUCACCUACUGUGCCAGGGAGUCGGCCCUCAAAGCCCAGAAUGCAUUGCAUGAGCAAAAGACCCUGCCAGGGAUGAACAGACCAAUCCAGGUGAAACCAGCCGACAGCGAGAGUCGAGGAGAAGACAGAAAACUCUUUGUGGGCAUGCUCAACAAGCAACAAUCCGAAGAUGACGUGCGACGCCUCUUUGAGUCGUUCGGCAGCAUCGAGGAGUGCACCAUCCUGCGAGGUCCUGAUGGAAACAGUAAAGGCUGUGCAUUUGUAAAAUACUCGUCUCACGCUGAAGCUCAGGCGGCCAUCGGUGCACUACACGGCAGCCAGACAAUGCCGGGUGCCUCGUCCAGUCUGGUGGUAAAGUUCGCAGACACGGAUAAGGAGCGCACCAUUCGCCGCAUGCAGCAGAUGGCCGGUCAGAUGGGCAUCUUCAACCCUAUGGCCCUGCAGUUUGGAGCCUACGGAGCCUACGCUCAGGUGCAGCAGCAGGCCGCAUUGAUGGCAUCAGUAGGCCAGGGGGGCUACCUCAGCCCGAUGGCCGCCUUUGCAGCCGCCCAGAUGCAACACAUGGCCACCAUCAAUGGCCUCCCCGGAGCCCCACUCACGCCCACGUCAGGCGGCAGCACCCCUCCAGGCAUCAGCGCCCCCACAGUGACCAGCAUCCCUUCCCCCAUUAGCGUCAAUGGUUUUACUGGCAUGCCGCCCCCGCAAGCAAAUGGACAGCCCCCUGCAGAGGCUGUCUUCACCAACGGGAUACACCAUUACCCUGUGUUACAGGAAGUGGUUUUUAGGGAGGAGUCUGAGAAAAAUGGCCUGGGUGUAGCUCCAAGGAGUUGUUUUGGGGUUCAGGGUGGCUGCUUCCUUUCUUCUCUAUCUGAAGCUCAAAGUCCCACUGCAGCUGAUCCUCUCCAGCAGGCUUACACGGGAGUCCAGCAGUAUGCAGCAGCCUACCCCGCUGCAUACGGCCAGAUCAGCCAGGCCUUCCCCCACCCUCCAACCAUCAUCCCACAGCAGCAACGAGAAGGACCAGAGGGUUGCAACCUGUUCAUCUACCACCUCCCUCAGGAGUUUGGGGAUGGAGAACUGAUGCAGAUGUUCCUGCCAUUCGGUAAUGUCAUCUCCUCCAAAGUGUUUGUGGAUCGGGCGACAAACCAAAGUAAAUGCUUUGGCUUUGUGAGCUUCGACAACCCGGGCAGUGCUCAAGCUGCCAUCCAGUCAAUGAACGGCUUCCAGAUCGGCAUGAAAAGACUCAAGGUGCAGCUGAAGAGGCCAAAGGAUGCAAACCGCCCCUACUAGCCCCGGCCCCAGCCAGCUGCUGCCAUCCAUGGCGGCCGGGGUAGCUGUCGCACACAGGGGAAGACAGGUUUUAUAGAGCUGAAUCAUAUGUUGACUAUUUGCUACCCGCUACAGAACGCAAACUCAACAUCUGAAACGCUGAGGCUGCUUCAGAAGGAGAGGACAUCGAGAGCGAGAGAGAGAAAGAGAAAGAGAGCAAUCAGUCAUGGAAAAUUCCUUUUGGAUGUACUAAAAAAAAAAACACAACAACUUUGGAACUCAGUGAGAAUUUCUACCACCUUGGUUUGCCCUUGGACCUUUUCUUCUGCACAUGUAAACACACCUCCUUCCUCCCAGAACCCUGCUUGAAUGACAGCUACUCUACCUUUUUCUGGACCACAAAAAACUUUUGACUUCAGCAAUGAAGGGAGGGAGAGGUAAAAAAAAAAAAACAAAAAACAUGUCACCAAUUUUCAAUGACCAACCCCACUGAACUUUUAAAGGGAACAUGGAUGUCAAAAGUCCAACAAGAACAUAAGAAACUUUUUAAAAACCGAAUAGAGGAUUGCCCAAGGAGAUGUUUUCUGUAAAAUGUUUUAUGUUUGGGGCCAGUUGACUUUGAAGAGACUUGAAACAAUUCCAGAAGAGGGACCUUUAAGUAAGGGAAUGUGAUAUUAUCAGGACACAAAUUGGCUUCGAUUUGGGAUGGCCGUCUUUAGCUUCGGAGUGCCUGUCCGUUUCCAGGGGAUACUGUUGCCAAGGAGAACCAUAGCAACGGUCUCCAGGGAGUCUUACCUGUCAUUCCUUAGUUGUUUUAGGGACCAAAAGACCAAACGUUUUUAUUGCUGAGGACUUGUAGCGCUAAUAUACUUGGACCACUCCAUCUCUUUCCGUCAGCGUUAAAUGACUCAACAAGAGUUGGACUAAAAAGAAGUGUACAUUUCCAGUAUAUGUAUUCAUACACACAUAUACACAUCCGUGUGUAUAUACAUAUACAUAUAUAUAUUGCCAACACGCUUUUGGAAUACAGGCAAAACUAUUUCGGAUGACCAAAAUGGGGUCUCUCGCUUUGUUCGUUUACAAUUACUCCAAAUAUUUAUUUUUUGGCUCUCUUCUCAUUUUGUCUUGGGAGGGAUGGAGAGUGCAUGGGAGGGGCUGCUCCGCAUCACAGCCUUAUCUUUUUUAACUUAACAUCCUAACCUCAUAGAUAAGAGUAACAUCGGAAAACGUUUGAAGUAUAUGAACUUGUUUAUAUUUGCAGUACAUAUAUAUGUAUAACAAGCAUUCAAGAAAAUGUAUUCAUAUAUACAGCGUAUAUGGAUAAGCAGAUAUUAAUCACAAGCAAAAUAUAUGUACUUAUACACACAUAUUGGAUAUAUGUGUGUUUGUAUAUACGUACAACAGCUAGCUGCAUUUUCCCCCCCCCACACCUUUGGUAGAUUUUAGCUGGAGUUUGAAACAUUUGCUCUGCUUGGGAUGAAUGGCAAAAAACCGGCAGCUCCCAAAAACUGCAGGCAUUCCUAUCUCUGAUGACCUAUAUGCUGACACACAGUAAUACAGUAUUGCUAGAAGAUAUACAUAUAUGUGUGACAAUGCACAUUAUGGUGUAAAUAUUGUCUGAAAAAUGCAAAAAGCCACAUCUCAGUAGCAGGCUUCAAGAAAAAAAAAAUCAGGCUCAAGUAUUUUAGAGGAAAAGGACAAUUAUCUUCGACUCUAUUCCAGACAUAUCUUUUAUGCUUUUGAACGCACGCGCAUCCACACACACACACACACACACACACACACACACACAUACAAGUUCUCUUUGAAACUUGAAAUACGUCUCACAACCCUUGCUCUCUUCUGCAUACAGUAAAGUGCAUGUAGCGUCCGGGCUGUCACCAUGUCAAGGUGUGCCUUGUCACCUGCGGAAUCUGCCAUCAAACACUGUGCUCUCCCCACAAAAAUAUAAAAAAAAAACAAAAAAAAAACACACACACACCUCUGCAAGCAGCCAGCGCACUAUUAUGAUGUCAAAACUCCAAACAGACUCAUAUCCGUUCUCAGCAUGCAAUGUCUACAGGAACAAACUAAACACUGUCUAUCCAUUAAAUGUCUUUUCGGGGGGGGGAAUGAAGCAACAUCUCAUCACAUCAUGAACCUUCAAUUAAAUGGUUAAAAAUGGGCAUUAGCACACCUGCAAGCACAGCUACGAACUAUCAAAGCUGCAGGCAAGGCACCUGUGAUCAAGUCGACAUUAAGAAUAACACGAAAUUGUCAAAGUAGGCAAUAAAAGGGCAAAGAAAGCUGUUCUGCUACUGACUCGUAUUUAGUGACCAUUCUUGGCAUGAAGCCUCCAUUCUGAUGUAAUUAGAUAUAUUUUUAAAAAACACUAUAAAGUGGAGCAAUAAGUAUGAAAAAAGAACAUGUAUCAGUCAUAGUCACCGAGACAGGAUUUAUAUGACUUUCCGGUCUAAAUACAGUACAUAUAACAAAAGGUCACCAGAGUUAUUGGCCAUGCUGGAGAUUACUCAUUGAAUAUUUAUACUUAUUUAUGCGAAUUUUUAUAGGGCUAUAUGACACUUGGGACGACCAGUUUCCUGUCGGGUGUUACUAGUUUUCCUAUAAAUUCUUCAUUAUUCCACAUCCAACCUUUUUAGCUUAUUGAAUAAUUUAGCUCCUAACAAUCACAAAGGCAAAAAAAAAAUAUUUUUGUUAGACUGAUAAUAAAAUGGGGCGGCACGGUGGUCGAGUGGUUAGCGCGCAGACCUCACAGCUAGGAGACCAGGAUUCAUUUCCACCCCGUGCAUGCGUGGGUUUUCUCCGGGUACUCUGGUUUCCUCCCACAUUCCAAAAACAUACCAGGUUAAUUGGCCACUACAAAUUGUCCAUAGGUAUGAAUGUGAGUGUGAGGAGACCAGGGUUCAAUUCCACCCUCGGUGGAUCUCUGUGUGGAGUUUGCAUGUUCUCCCCCGUGCAAGUGUGGGUUUUUACUCCGGUUUCCUCCCACAUUCCAAAAACAUGCUAGAUUAAUUAAUUGACGACUCCAAAUUGUCCAUAGGUAUGAAUGUGAGUGUGAAUGGUUGUUUGUCUAUAUGUGCCCUGUGAUUGGCUGGCAACCAGUCCCCGCCUCUCGCCCGAAGACAGCUGGGAUAGGCUCCAGCACCCCCGCGACCCUCAUGAGGAAAAAGCGGUAGAAAAUGAAUGAAUGAAUGAAUGAAUGAUAAUAAAUGUCCCGAGCAUGGCAAAAGCAGCGACCGGCUGCCUUUGAGCAAGCCGCAGUAACAGCUUAAGCUACAGUAAAUCAGCUAAAUAUGUCCUGAGCCCGCUUUGACUGCACUGCAAAAAUAAAAAAAAGAAGAGCGCGUUGACGUGGAGUCGUUCCAUCCACAUCACAUCAUAUUCAUUCGACCGCAAGUUUACAUACAUGAGGUAUCAGACGACAAAAAAAAAAAGUCUCAAAAACGACACCGGACAGAGCAGAAGUUUGAAUAUAAAUAUAUAUAUAUAGAAAUGUAAACAUAAACCGAUGAAUAUACUGUAAAUUCUUUUGUUUUUGCUCCGUUUUCCUCUGUACAUAGGUUUGCAUAUUUUAUAGGACUUUUACUUCUAUCUACAAGGACUGGAUAAAGUACUUUAAAUACUCAAAAAAUAUAUAUAUAUGAAGGAAAACAUGAUAUUGCUCAUUUAAAAACCAGGUACAAAAAAGUCGCUAGGAUACAGUGCAAAAUGUAGGACCUGACCAAGGCAUUUAUCCAGAAAACAGUCAGGGAGAGCAUUGACCUCAGUUAGAGCUUAGACACACGUUGACCUAUUUUAUAAAAGAAAUAUACUUUCAUGGCUUUUUGUUCAUUUGUCUAUUUAUUUAUAAGUCAUGUCUGAGAUGAUAUGCAUGCUUUCAUGGCAUUAUUUUUCUAUGAGUUGGUACGUGACCAAAUAGUUUUUAUAUAUGACACGCAUGGGCCGCCUGGGUUGUGGUCCAUAAACAGAUGAUCAUUGUUCCUGUCUUCAGGACCAUGCCUUCAGCACUUCUUAGAAGACGGACAUAAAAAAAAAAAACAGCUCCUAUUGACCAAGUGAUGUCAAAAAAAAAAAAAAAUUGUAAUCUUUUAUUUGCAUUGUUUAUUUAUUUAUUUGUCCAAGUGUUUAUUUAUUUAUUUGUGCGGUUUGAUCCAAGAUCUGAGCUCUAUUAUUGCCAUGGAGAGGGGUCUUGCAUAAAAGUGCCACUUUGUAUCCACCAUCACUUUACCUCUUUAAUGUUGGAAAAUCUCCAAAACAACUACGACGGAAUAGUCUACUUCCUGUUUGAGAGCAAUGCAGUCGGCUACUGUGUUUCUAAGCCUUAUGUACAUUUCUGUUUAUAACUUAUUGAAGCCGCUUUGUCGGUUUUUAAAGGGGAACUAUGAUGAUUGCAUUAUUAUACUUAUGCAGUAUAAUGUAUAUAUAGUGCUAAUGCUCAUAUCAAAUCUGGCUUCCACCUGCUCAGAGUAGAUACGUAGAGCCAGAAAUAAUCAUACUUGGUCCCUUUGGAAAAUGUAAAUUGAUUCUUGUGGGUUUGAUGCAAAAAAAAAAAAGAUAAUAAUAAUACCCUAGUUUAGCGCCCCUGUUUUAACUGUACAAUCAAACAUAUGUGAACAACUUUUGCCUUGGAGUCACAGUGAGCUUCUGCAGUGUAAAGUGCUAAAUUCAUAAUGACAUAAAACAGAAUUCUGGUCCUAAAAAAAAAAAAAAACAUUAUUCCCCUCCUUCCAUGUUCUUGCUUUGUAUUGUUUGACAGAGCUCUGAUCUUGUUCAACUGAGAGCCAAAGUCAAUGAAAUCUGUACUUUGCCAUUUAAAACUAAUCUGAGUUACUGUCAUUUUUAUGUACUUCCAGACAAUUCAUUUUUGGAAAAACUCAACAGUCACUGAAACAUCUGACAUCAUGUGUGAUAAAAAGGGAUCAUGGAAAACUGUAUUUCCCAAUUUCAGCACACAAGAGAGUGGGGGAAAUGAAUGUCGCAUAAUCAAGCUUUGCCAGGUUUCUGAAGAACUAAGCUUCUGAUUGGCCAGUGCGCUUUAGGCUCCCGUCCCUGACUUUCAAAACGGCACCAUUCUCUUGUUCCCUUGACUCCUUUUUUGUAAUUUUGAAAUGAAUGAUGCGUCUCAGCUUAGGCCAAUAAUAAAGCACAGUCUAGAAGAA